GCAGCACAGCGGGCAGUCACUUGAAGAAUAGUGCAGCGGUGUCCUGAGUAGAACACUGUAGUCUCGUGCUCCUGACGUGCUCAAAUAGUGCAGUCGUGCGAGUGACACCUCUGUGUGACACCUGAGCAGUUUCCAUCCCAACAUGGAAGAUCUCCUUCAUUACUCGAGUCAGCAGCGCCACCUGCUGGCUUUCUGAAGUUGGCGAGGGUUUUGUCUCUGUUGUUCAGGACACACUUUACCGUGAGCUCAAACCUGCUGCAACUUGUGUGAGCUAAAGACAGGCUUGUGGCGCUACUGUGGCGACAACAUCCCCAAACAAGGUGACAGGCGAGAGGAUGUUCCCUCUGCUUGGAUCAUCAUCAGACUCGUUCUUGUACUUGACCCAUGAUGGAUGAACCUGAAGGUUGACAUCACACACCACAUACCCAGCUCUGUCUCGAGCCGCCAUCUUGUGUGACUCGCUCGCUCAGCCACAUGGCGCUUGGCCUGGAGUCAUGUCUGCACUUGACUCAGUAAUUCAUGACAGUGACUCACUUGCUGGUUACAAUAGUGAAACUCACUGUGAUCUGCUGUUAUCCAACUCACUCACUCAGAUUUGUUCCCAAACAGUCGUCCGGUUCUAUCAAACCCUGAGCCUUUGCCACAUAGCCUGUUUACGUCUCGUGAAACGUAGCAGCGCUUUGUGCUAACAGCUAAUCUGGAGCAGAUUUGUGUGAGGUUUAAUCGAUCAGAGUUAAAUCUACUAAAGUCGGUCACAUGAUCUCUAAUAGGGAUUAGCGCGCUGGGAAAUUGAUUCUUUGCUCAUGUUUUGCACAGAGAGCCCAAAGUUCCAGCCGCGCUGAAGUAAACAGAGCAGCGGUCAUAUGUCCUCCUGCUUCAUGACCAAACUUGGAGAUAGUGUUGUGGCAGCCUUUUGUCUCAGCGGAUCAGGAUGUCGAGCCAAGCGUCCGAAAGCAAAGAGCCCGAGGAUGCCGACAGCCGCAGCUUCUGGAUGCCCGGGAACUACCACAGCACGGUCCGCCGGACGGAAGACUCCUUCCAGGCCUGCAACGACAUCGUGGCGUGUUUCCAGGAGCGGGCCCGCGUGGAGAGGCAGUACGCUCAGCAGCUGAGCGAGUGGAGCAGCAAGUGGAAGCCCGUGGUGGACUCCAGUCCUCUGUACGGGUCCCUGCUGAAGGCCUGGCAGUGCUUCCUGACCUCAGCUGACCGACUGACCUCCAUACAUGCCUCCAUCUGUCGCUCGCUGGUGUCGGAAGAUGCCGAUCGGGUCAGAACCUGGCAGAAGGAUUCCUUCCACAAGAAGCUGUUCGGCGGAUUCAAGGAGACCACAGACGCCGAGACGGGUUUCGCCCGAGCCCAGAAGCCCUGGGCCAAGCGUCUGAAGAAGCUGGACAAAGCCAGACGGGCGUAUCACAAGGUGAGUCGGAAGGAGCACGCGGCCCGGGAGAGGGAGGGUCAGGCGCAGGGGAACCCGGACGUCUCCAUCGACAAGCAGAAGAAGCUGCUGGAGGAGAGAGAGCUGGUGCAGCAGGAGGCCGAGAAGGUGCGAAGCCGCUACGAGAAAGUCCUGGAGGAGGUGAACCGCUACGCACCGCGCUACAUGGAGGAGAUGGAGUCGGUGUUUGACCAGUCGCAGGACGAAGAGCGGAAGAGGAUCGUGUUCCUCAAACAGGCCUUCCUGUCCAUCCACAAGCACCUGGACAUCACCACCAAUGAGAGCGUCCUGGCCGUGUACGGCGAGCUCCACAACACGCUGAUGUCCAUCGACGAGCACGAGGACCUGCGCUGGUGGAAGAACACGCACGGACCCGGGAUGCCCACCGACUGGCCUCACUUCCAGGAGUGGAAGCCGGAGAAGAAGACCAAAAAAGUGAAGAAGGAAGUGAAGAAGGAGGCGGAGAAGGAGGUGGAGCAGAAAGAGGCGACAAUAGAGAAGAGCGUGAUGAUCGGAGGAGUCCGAGUCAGAGCGCUGUACGACUACGUGGGCCAGGAGACGGACGAGCUCUCCUUCAAAGCCGGCGAGGAGUUCCUGAAGAUCGAGGAUGAGGACGACCAGGGGUGGUGUAGAGGGAUGAAGGACGGAGGUUGGGAGGGUCUGUACCCGGCCAACUACGUGGAAGUGGUUUAGAGCCGCGAUGGUGACGGCGGUUUGAAGCCAAAGAAACGACUGGUCCCAUACUCUCCCAGUUGACUUCCUCCUCUGCGACGACCUCUGCAGGACAAACGUCUUAAUAUGUACACUUCCUGUGCUGGACUGGACGGCCUGAGCAGCGCCGGGAGGAGCUCCAACUCUGUUUUUUACUUCAUCUAAAAUACAUGUAGCUUCAAUGACAAACGCAUCAAGUGGUUCUGGAAGGUUCUGAGAUCCAGUCCCUGCCGACCCACUUCACCCACUCUUUAUUCACCUGCUUCGUUUGUCGAUAAAGUUUUACCAACAAAGA